AUGCAAGCGAUACACCAAAUAGGAGCAAAUAACUCCGGGUUUGACAAAUUUCUCACGCUCAGGUUUUAUAAAACAUUCGUUCGACCAGUAUUUGAAUAUGGAUUAUCUAUUAUCAAUACAACCAAAAAAACAUUUAAGCUACUAGAAAAAGCCCAGGACAACGCAAUAAGGAAAAUAUUCCAUGGACAUGCAACGUCAUCAACACAGGCAAUAAAACAUAUGAACAAAAUAGCAACAAUGGAAGAGCGAAAAAUGGUGUUACAAGCCAAAAACAUAUACCGCACAUUCCAGCUACCUAACACCACACUCAUUUACACAAUGCUGAGACAAGUCAUUACAACCCGCGACACUCAUUUCAAAAAAUUACAAAAAAGAAACGAGAUCUGGCAAUCUCUACCACUCCCGCCAGCAAACUCAAGAACCCUUCCCAUAUUCAUUACCGAAAAAUUGCUGCGAGAAGCAAUAAAUAAGUAUUUAAAAAAAAACAUGAUACAAAAACAAUGUGAACAAUUUUAUGUAGGCAUGUGCAGAUCAAAUAUAGCAAAUGAUCCCAUUAUGUAUCUACCUAUGCAUAAUUUCGAAAGAAGCAGAAUAAUCAGAUGGAGAAUGGGAUGGCUACCCGGACGACCAACAACAUGUAAAAACUGCGACACAACAUUAAACAAUAACACCACUAGAAAUCAUUUAACUCAAUGUCUAAAGUUACAUCAAAUAUUACAAGUACCGAUAAUCGUCACAUCACCUAUCGACUACAUCUUGAACCAACUACCAACAAAACAAACCAGCAACAGAAUAAAGCAAAAUUACUUUAUUCAAAAAUGGAUACAAAUCACAAAAAUAUUUAACAAAAUAGAAACACUUUGCCACACAACAGAAGACGAAAUGAAUCCAGACCCUGAGGAUAUCUCCCCGCUUAUUCAUUGGCUAAAACCACCAACCGCAAAUUAA